AUGUGGCUGCUGCUCGUCCUGCUGCUGCCGCCCGCGGUCCUGUCCGCCCAGCGCUGCGAGCCCCCCCCGGGGCCGGCGGGGGCCGUGCGGGCGCUGAGCGCGCGGCUGCUGGGGCUGGCGGGGGACCCUGCGCGGGCCCCCGACCCUGCCACGUACCUGGGGCUGCGCCUGGGCCGGGAGCACAACCUGCAGCUGGAGCAGCACUACCUGGAGAGGCUGCACCGCGCCUUCCAGCACCCCUACGGCAGGAGCGUGCAGGCCCAUGGCUACCCUGAGCAGGAUGCUGAGCUCAGCACGGGUGCAGAGCGGCCACAGACAGGGCGGCUGGCGCUGUACCUGCUGGGGCUGAGGGCCACCUGUCCCCCAACCAAACCCCACCGGGCGCUGGUGACGUGGCUCAAAUACUACCUGGAGGAGGACUGGACAGGCUCCCGGCGGCACGGCCACCCCCUCACCAAUUACUACCAGUACGGGCUGGGUGUGCUGGCGCUGUGUGCGCACCACAAGCGGGUGCGGGAGGAGGUGAUCCGCCGGCUCCUGGAGGCACAGCACCGCGGCCGGCUCGGGCACGGCGCCGUGGACACGGAGGCCGUGCUGGCACUGGCCUUCGCCUGCCUGGAGCGCAGGAGGCUGGUGGGGGCCAGGCUGGCGGCCGAGCUCCGGGACACUGUGCACAGGGUGAGCAGGAGCAUGGCCCAGGCUCAGGGACCCGAGGGCAUCAUCGGCAACAUCUACAGCACCCCCUGGGCCCUGCAGGUGUUCCUGGCCACAGGCAUGUGCCACACGGAGCCAGCUUACAGCCGGGCCAUGGCUGUGCUGCUGGAGAACCUGGAUGCCUUCGGCACGGCCACCACCAUGGCCCAGGUGCUGCCAGUGCUGCACGGCCACUCCUACGUGGACAUCGCCUCCAUGCACUGCCAGGAGGAGUUGGAUACGCUGACACCCCUCGACGUGGAGCCCCCGACUGAGGUGCCAGGGAACAAGACAGUGCGGCUGAUGGUGGAGUGUGCCCAGCCCUGGUGUUCCGAGCUCCAGCUCUACAACCGGCGGGUGUCCACGCCCGCCACCGCCUCCCUGCUGGAUGUGCUCAGGGCGGCCACUGCACAGGAACCCCACUUCACGUUUGACACCCAGGACACCCCCCAGGGCCCCUACCUGACCCAGGUGCUCGGGCUGGAGGCCCGGCAGGAGAAGCGGAACUACUGGCAGCUCCUGACAGCCCCCAGCACCCCCCUGCUGACAGGUGUCGCCGACUACAUUCCCCAUGAUGGGGAGACCCUCAUCCUGCGCCUCAGCGAGUGGUAGAGGGUGGGGGGCUGUAGGGGGUGAUGGCAAUGAAACCUCCACUGUGGGCACAGGACCUGCUUUCUGUCUCCUGCUUUCCAGGGGCCAGCACCCCAAAUCUGCCGGGGGGAGGAGGAAGAGGAGGGGGACAGAAUGUGCCUUGUCCUACGGGUGCUGUUGGAUGGGAGCACUGGGACCAGCAGCUCCUCUGGUCCUGGUCCCUCUCAGGGAUGGCGCAGGCAGGUGCUGGGAGCAGCCGGUUUUGGGGGGUCCAAAGCAUUUUUGGGAUAUGCAACGAUUUGUGGAGACCGAGUCAGCGCUGCUCAUCCACAGAAAGCCGCCAGCUGGGUUCACCCUCCUCUGUAACGCCCUGGCGGGGCCCUGGCCCUGCCCACUGAGCCCCCGGGGCCCCCAGUGCCACACCCAGCGCGAGGGGCACCCCCGGCGUUUAACCCGAGGCCC